CCGGGCUUUUCUGGAUAGAUGCUGUGAUGUUUGUGAAGUGAAUGAAGGCCUCUUGGUCAAGGCUUGUUUUCACAACUGUCCAAGCCGCCACUGCUGCCACUAACCCUCCCAGAGCCAUUGGUUCAGAGGAUUCUUUUGAAGGAUUGCACUGUUGCACCAUGGUGGGAUGUGAUGCAAGAGCUCCACAAGACCUGCCGAGUGAUAAAACGAAAGCACUUCCUGAGGCUGCAUUGACCGGACUGCUUUGUGACUAUGCUGCCCGUGGCGACAUCAGUGCCUUUCGAAGCUUGAUUCACCAGGGAGCGGAUGUAAAUUCGGCAACACCCUAUGACCUACGUACGCCUUUGCACUUGGCAGCUGCAGCCGGGAAGCUUGACAUGGUCAAGUUCCUUGUGGAAGACUGUGGCGCAGCAUUGCGACAGGAUCGAUUUGGGUUGCUGCCGAUACAUGAUGCGGUUGAGAACGGACACUCGGAGCUCAGACGUUAUCUCCAGAGCCAAAAGCUCGCAGAGCCAAAGAACAUGCAAAAGCGCAGAAGAUUGGACUCUGGAGAGAACAUCAAUUCUGAUGCCUGGAUGCAAGAGGGAAAUAAUGUUAAGUCCCGUUCCGCACAGUUUCGAUUUAUUGGCCAGAUUGAGCGAGGCAGAGUCUCGAUUGGAACAAGAGAUGGAUGAUCUAAUGGGCACGGUUUUCGAGCUUGUGGUGAAAGAGGGUGUGUUCAGCUAUACAAGUGUUCAUGCGGAAGUUCUGCAUUUCUUCAAAGUGCUCCGCUUUCAUGAGAUUUACUUCCGACACUUUACUCCGCUGCAAAUUGCAAAGCACGUUCAUUGCCUUAUUGCAGCCAAGCAUGUGGCACGUGCUACAGAUGACAUUGGAGGUCUUGAGUUUGACUUCAAAACCUCGCAGAGCGGCUUCUUCCUCAGCACUAUAGGAAGCUGUCGCGAGCCCACAGGAGCGCAAAUGCAGACCAUUGCUUCCGUGUCUGCCUUUGUCACCAAUUUUAUGGAAGCUAACCAGAACGUCUCGCUGAUCUUCAUGUCUUCCGAGGGACCUGUGUUCAUUGGUGGGCAAGAAAAAUUGGGCAUUUACAGCGUUGAGACGGGUCAUUUCGAGGCAACACGCGUGACGGAGGGGGAAUCCAGCUUGGAAGUCUUAGCGUCUUCCAGAUUCUUGAAAACAAAGACUCGAGAAGCCAAAGAGCAAUACCAGAUUGUCAUGGAGGAUGUGGUGGCAAGUCGCCGAAGCGCUGUGCGAAUUGUGCCCGGACAUCUUUACCCUGGACCAUGCCCUUUUGGCUACGUGGUCCUUUUCGCCACUGCAGAAACUGUGGGGAGGCACUACCUCCCCGAAAUCUGGCAAGCCAUGCGUUUCGUCGGGCUUCUUCCAAGACGCUUCUAUUUUGAAAACUUUGCCAACGGCGUCAUUACAUACAGCCUUUUCUUUCCAUCGGCUACAGAUGACCAGGUGCACAAGCUGAAAAGGACCAUCAUGCACGCCACCUUACUGAAAGAGACUCCUGGAAGGUCGGCACUUUUGUACAACAACGUUAUGCAAUCAAGGAUAUCUCACGAAUGUGGACUUUACUUGCUUGCGGCCGUCAAGUUUGUGCACGCGUUCUUUCCCAAAGAGCAGUACUCAAGGGAAUACACAGGCGUCCACAAAGUUCUGGAGCAAAAUCCUGCCGCCCAACGGAAGUUGGAGACAUUGUACAGGCUUUGUAUGAAGGAUUUGCUCUCAACUGAGCGCAUUUACCAGCUGAUCAGCAAACGGCCAGCCCUCGCUGAGCAGUUCUAUGCAGAUUUUCGCAAGAUAGCCCUUGGUGAGAUAGAGCCCACCUUCAACAAAGAGCUCGGUACGUCCAUUGAUGCAGCUUGCAGUGAUCCUCAGGAUCGUCAAAUCUUGAGGAUGUUCCUGACAUUCAACGAGAGCGUGCUCCUAACCAACUUCUUCAAACCUGAUAUUCCGGGUGCCUUUGCAUUCCGCUUGAAUCCGGCAGUUGCCUUGAAGCAACGACCGGCAUCAUUAUACCCUGAAGUUCCAUAUGGGAUCUACAUGAUUUGCGGCCGUGAUUUCAUGGGUUUUCACACCCGCUUCCGCGAUGUAGCACGCGGCGGCAUUCGAUUGAUCCUCUCUCGGGACAAGGCAAUGUAUGAGCGAAACUUUGCAACCCUCUUCGAUGAGUGCUACAACCUGGCAUACACGCAGCAGAACAAGAACAAAGACAUUCCAGAAGGUGGCGCCAAGGGAGUGAUUCUCCCCGACUCCUGUUGGUCGGGACGAAAGGAAGGAGAUGGAAACGCGCUCAUUGGAAUGACUUCCCAGGGCCCUGCUGCAAUGCGCUCCUGCUUCAUAAACUAUGUCAACGCACUCCUCGACUGCAUGCAGCCUGAGCAAAACCAUUUGUACUCUGGGCAUAUGAAGAAGAAGGCGGAGAUCCUUUUCUUUGGCCCGGAUGAAAACACGGCCGGGUUCAUGGAUCUGGGCGCCGACAUUGCUCGGGAAAGAGCUUAUCCAUAUUGGAAAUCGUUGACCACGGGCAAGAGCGUAUCAUUAGGUGGGGUGCCUCAUGAUACCUACGCUAUGACUACAACCAGCGUUCACACCUAUGUCACUGAGCUGUUGCGGGAGCUGGGCGAGGAUGAAUGCAGCAUCACCAAAUUUCAAACUGGCGGACCUGAUGGCGAUUUGGGCUCAAAUGAGAUUCUGGUAUCGAAGGACAAGACCAUAGCCAUUGUGGAUGGCUCCGGGGUUGUGUAUGACCCACAUGGCAUUGAUCGCGCUGAACUCCGGCGACUGGCAAAGAUGAGGGUUCCAAUCAGCCAGUUCAAUCGGUCCAUGCUCAAGCCUGAAGGGUUCCUAGUCACUGUGGAGGAGACCGACGUAGCUUUGCCAGAUGGCUCAAAAUACCUCACUGGAGCUGAGCUGCGAGAUUCCUUUCAUUUAUCUCCAUAUGCGACUGCAGACCUAUUUGUUCCAUGCGGCGGUCGGCCAAACUCAAUUACAACAGACAAUGUGAAAAAGCUGUUCCAUGCUGAUGGUGUCAAGCCCAAAUUUCGGAUGAUUGUGGAAGGAGCCAAUCUAUUUUUGUCAGAUGGUGCAAGGGUGACUUUGGAGAAUUCUGGUAUGCAUGUGUUCAAAGAUGCAUCCACGAACAAGGGCGGGGUGAACAGCAGCUCGCUUGAAGUCUUUGCUGGCUUGGCGUUGCUGCCGGAGGAGCACAAUGCACUCAUGUGCUACAACCCUCGGACAGGUCAAGCGCCGCAAUUCUACCAGGACUACGUUCGGCAAAUCCAAGAGAUCAUCAUUGAGAAUGCCAAGAAAGAAUUCAAAGCCAUUUGGGAGUGCAACAAGCAAGGAAUCAAGAAGGUUGACGCAACUCGCCUCAUCUCCAGCAAAAUUACGCAAAUGCAAGACGCCAUCAUGGUCAAGAUCCAGGACAUGGGCGGCGAUGAACGAGAUCAGCUCGUGCGCAGCGUUUUGGCCAUGGCAAUCCCACCUUUGAUGCUGCAGAAGCAGGGCAUCGAGGGUCUCCUAAAAACUGUACCUUCCAACUAUGUUUCGGCCAUUGUUGGAGCAUGGGUGGCUUCCCGCUUUGUAUACUCGCAUGGCAUCAACGCUUCCGAGGUGUCCUUCUUCUUCUUCCUCCGAGGGCUAUUGAACGGAACACAGAUGCCAUAAGGCCAAGGCCAGUUGAGGGCGAUGUCUGGCGUUGUGGCGCAUUUUGCUCGCAACCAUGGCCUUUUGUUGCCACGCUAGACCGAUAGACGUACGUAUGCACGCAUUGCUUUGCGGAGGUUUUGGUCGUUUGAUCCUCGCCUUUCGAGUUAGAAGUGGCCCGGCAACGAGUACAGCUUUCAGCAGUCCCCUUAUUUAAGCAAAAGCUUUUGGGGGCUGGACCCACCGCAUCGCAGAAUUCAUUUUACCUGAUGUCGGCAGCUCUGAUUCCAGAGACGCUCUUUUGAAGAUUGGUGCCUUUCGCAGAAAAACGCACCGGCCCACAUUCAGUAGACGUUGACCGCAAUCUCUAUUUGGC